AAUGCUAUUCAAAAGCCAGUACAAGACAAGGACACAUUGCUAAAGCAGUUUCCUGUCUCAAGUGGCACUCAGCAUCGCAAGAAAGAAGCUGAACCGAAUCCAUAUGGUGAUUGGGUGUUAGUGAAAAAAGAUUUUGAACACAAACCAACUACUGCCAGCUCUGCAAAAACAUUUACAGAAACAACACCAGUCAAUUCCACCACUAUUGUCCCUGCUGCCAUCACCGCCACAGCAAUUACAACUGCAGCAGCUGUAGUGACUACAUCCACUGCAGCAGAUGUAGCUGUUGCACUUGCUGCAGCACCAGCAGUAGCUGCAACCGCUGCCGUCACUCCAGCAGUGGUUGCCCCCCUUGCCAUAGCCGGUGCCAGUAAUGACAGUGUCUUCCCAAAACAACCCAGUCAGCUGAAUGUUGAUAUCACUACCAUGGUUACUGAACGGCUACAAGCCAUGCGUAAACUCCAAGAAAAUCCACAUGAUGUUGAAGCCAUGGGGGUCAUGUACAAGGCAAAUCAACAGAUCCAGUCCUGGGCCCAGGCCAGUCACAAACCUGGACAGUACACUGGUUCCACUGAUGCUCAGAUUCUCAAACCCACUGAACUUGCCAACUCUAAUCCCAAAGGACAGGCCUGGGCUAAAAAG